CAGCACGAGCUCUUCUUCACGAGCUGGAAGCGUGGAGUUGAAACCGGAGACCGAGAGGAGCGAGGUCGCCGUUGUAGUUUGUUUUAAAGUGGAGAGAAAAGUGAGAUAAAGUCUCGGGUGAAGCCCCCCCUUUCGGCUCGUGUCGUCCACACAGUGCCGGAUUUGGAGGAAACCACUCGUUAGUAUGAAACAGUCGCCGAAUAACAACAAUUAAGUCGGGCUCGCGCUACAUGUCUAGCUGCUAGGCUAGCUAGCUAACAGUUAGCCGCAGAAGCUACUUCGGCUAGCUGGCUAGUGGCGAGGUCCAGCCCAGAAAAGUUGUUUACCCCAGGUUGUGGAGGUGGUCACCCUCCCCGAACUUUUUUCCCCACGAUUUUUCAUUUUUUUCGGGUAAACAAAUCGAGGACCAGCGGUUCACACUGGAUUUAACAGCGUGUGCUGUCUGGAAACGAGCAGGAUGUCCGCAGAGGUUCAGUGCAGUCAGGUCGACUCUGGUUUGACAGCGGCGGCGGUGGUGGAGGUGGAGGAGGACAAGAAGAACCAAAACCAGUCCGAGGGGCAGAAAGACCGACGAGACGAAGGGGAAGAGGGACCGAGAGGCUUCGAAACCCCGCUGAAGGAGGAGGCAGAGGCGGCCAGGAGCCCCACGGACACCCACAUGGAAUGCAAAGAAAACGACAAGGAAAACGAGCAAAGCGGCAGCAAUGCUGACUCUGCCGCUGCGGACGCGGUGAAGAGGAAAGUUGUUGAGGCUCCUCCACCCAAAGUCAACGCGUGGACUAAGAGGACCACGGGCAGAGUGUCCAUCAACAACAUCAGCUCCCACGAGAAAGAUCAACAAAACGCUCUGAAGGUCGUCCGAGCCAGCAAACCCAGAAUGAGAAAGCCCAGCAAGUCGAGUGACUUCAGUGACAUCACAAACUGGCCCACACCUGGUGAACUGGCCAAAGAGCAACAGCAGAACGUCAUCAACAACAACGGAAAGAAGCCUUCGUCCGCGCGCAGGGAGAAGGAGAAGCGACGGGAGCGACCGGACCGCAAGUCGGAGAGCAGCCAUGACGGCGGUGAGAGCAAAGAGAACCAGGAGGCUCAGCCGGACCCGCUGGGAGACCUGCCCAAAGACGGAGAGUUGAAGGCGGGACAGGACGCCAAGAGCCUGAAGAAGAGAGGAGGCGAGGGUAACAAACGUAAGUGGGUUUCUCUGCCGCUGGAGGACGCGUCCCGGGACGACGGCGACAAGAUGCCCAGUGGUGGCCCGACGCGCUCGGACACAGACCCCACCAGCGGCUCCCCCGACCCCACGUCGCCCAAUCACACGCUCCAUAAUAGGCCACAUGAUAGCAGCAGGAGUUGGAGAAGAGAGCCGCGGGAUUUCGGAGACGAUAAUGGGAGUGUUCGAAGCGAAAGUGGGAGCACUCGAGGAGGAUUGCGAGGCCGGGGGAAAGGGCGCGGGCGCGGGAGAGGUCGUGGAAGAGGUCGCUACGAAUACUCAAGCUUCCGGGACUCCCAGUCUUCCGAUGGCUCGGCUCAGGGUCCCUCGGAGUUUGGCACCAACAUGGUUUACUAUUACGACGACGGCAGCAAGGUCCAGAUGUACACAGUGGACGAAAAGCUCCUGAAGGAAUACAUCAAACGUCAGAUUGAAUACUACUUCAGCCUUCACAACCUCGAGCGUGACUUCUUCCUGCGGAGGAAGAUGGACGUGCAGGGCUUCCUGCCCAUCUCCCUUAUCGCCAGCUUCCACAGAGUUCAGGCCCUCACCACUGACAUCAGCCUCAUCAUGGAGGCUCUGAAGAAAAGCACAGAGGUGGAGCUGGUGGACGACAAGGUUCGCUGUAAAAUUGACCCGGAGCGUUGGCCCAUCCCCGCCCCUCCCGUCGUGGGCUCCCCUCACACCGACUUCUCCCAGCUCAUCAACUGUCCCGAGUUUGUUCCUCGACAGACCCUCAGCUCCACAAACUCUGAUCUUUCAGCCUCGUCGCCUGUGAAGGAGUCUCCUCCCGAAUCUGCCGAGUCUCAGGACUCGGUUGAGCCCGACUCCUCCAGCCAGGACUCGCUCCCCGCCACGGAAACGACAUUGAAAGACGCCCCGCCCCCAAAACCCGACCCCGAUGCCUGGAUCCAGGUGGAGAAACGUCACAAACAGCCGUCUGGAAAGACAAAGGGAGACGGUAAGACUCCUCCUCCCUGCCACCCGGCUCCUCUGCAAACUGAGGUGGACCAGGAGGAGCUGGACUUCCUGUUUGACGAGGAAAUGGAGCAGAUGGCGCCCAGGAAAAACAAGUUCACCGACUGGUCAGACGAUGACGACUCGGACUAUGAGCUGGACGACCAGGACGUCAACAAGAUCCUCAUCGUCACCCAGACCCCGCCUUAUGUCCGGAAACACCCUGGCGGCGACCGGACAGGGAACCACGAGUCCCGGGCCAAGAUCACCACGGACCUCGCCAAAGCCAUCAACGACGGGCUGUACUACUAUGAACAGGACCUGUGGAAGGGAGAGGAACCGAUCGAGGGCGCCAAGCAGGAAGUGGAAACCUUCAAGAAGCUGAACGUCAUCAGUAAAGACGAGUUUGACACUCUCACCCCCAAAGUGCCCGUCGACCCAAACCAGGAAGUCCCACCUCCUCCAAUGCCAGUGGACAGCGCAGCACAACUGUCGCAUUCUCUGCCUGCAACGGUCCCCGAGUCGCCCAGCACUCACCAGCCCCGGACCCCCAGAACGCCUCGCACGCCCGGACGCCAGGACCCCAACAAGACCCCGCGCUUCUACCCCGUCAUGAAGGAAAGUGGCAACGUCGACGGACAGAUGCCAAGGAAGAAGAAGACACGCCACAGCUCUAACCCUCCUCAGGAGGCGCACAUCGGCUGGGUGAUGGACUCACGUGAACACCGGCCGCGCUCAACGUCCAUCAGCAGCUCAAAUGCGUCUCCAUCAGAGGGCGCUCCGCUGUCAGGAAGUUACGGCUGCACCCCUCAGUCCCUGCCCAAGUUCUGGCAUCCAUCCCACGAGAUGCUGAGGGACAACGGCUUCACCCAGCAGGGUUACCACAAGUACCGCCGACGGUGCCUUAAUGAGAGGAAACGGUUGGGGACCGGUCAGUCUCAGGAGAUGAACACUCUCUUCAGGUUCUGGUCCUUUUUCCUGAGGGACAACUUCAACAGGAAGAUGUACGAGGAGUUCAAACAGUAUGCGCUGGAAGACGCCAAAGAUAACUACAGGUAUGGACUGGAGUGUCUCUUCAGAUACUACAGCUACGGUUUGGAGAGGAGAUUCAGGUUAGAUCUGUUCAAGGACUUUCAAGAAGAAACCCUCAGGGACUUUGAGAAAGGUCAGUUGUAUGGUCUGGAGAAGUUCUGGGCCUUCUUGAAAUAUUCAAGGAUGAAGAACCAGCCCAUUGACCCCAAGCUGCAGGAACACCUCUCCAAGUUCAAGACUCUGGAGGACUUCAGGGUGGUGCCCCCGAUAGGAGAGGAGGGAGGCAGGAGGAGACGUCACUCGUCCUCGGCCGGGGACGAAGGGAGACGUCGGCGACAUCCUUCCAACACUACCUCAAAACCCGCGCAGGCCUCCAAAUCCUCCAGCAACACUGCUGCUCAACCUGCUGCUGCUCAACCUGCUGCUGUGCAGAAUACACCCAAAGACAACAACCAGAAACCAGCAGCUGCGGCUGGAUCAGCCACCCAGGCCAAGAAGGCGGAGUCAGGAGCCGGGAAGAAGCAGAAUGUGGCACCAAAUAAAUAAAGCGACCUUCGUUGAGGUGUGGUUGUUGAAUAGACGAGAAUCAGAGCGUGGCAGCGGCUCUGAGCUCCAGUAUUUGCUCUGUUUCAGACGCAAACUGUCCUGGUAUGAAGAGAGGCCGAGCGUGGUUGACUUAAUUUGGUUGUUUUUAUCAGUGCAUUUCAUUUUCAAGCAAAGCAAGCAAGUGCAGGCAGUGAGCUUGAUUCUGUGCUCCUCCCGGCUUCUAAUGUUUACAGACGAAAAAACACAAAAAAAAACAAAAAUGCAUUCCCUGCAUUUUGCCUCUCUCUUUCUCUCUCUCUCUUUCUCUUGGAUGCCAAACCUGUCAACACGUUUGUUGAUCUCCACAGUGCUGAUCCGUACAGAGCUGCCGAGCUGUGAGUCUAGUUUUGCCAAGAUAUAUAUAUAUAUAAAAAAAAAAGAAAUAAGGAGAGACGCUGCAGAUUUGUCUUGUGUGCCUUAAUCUGAUUCACCAGGACGACUGGAGGACGAUCGGUGACAAAAUAGCCAAAAUUCUGCCUUUAAAAAAAUCCAAAAAACCCAAAAAUGUCUUCCCAUCUAAUAGGAUUUGUGUUUGAAUGUUUUUGUUUUUUUUAAAAAAAGUGCCACCGCCACUCGCCGUUAGUUUAAUCAUGAGACAUAAAUAAAUUAUGUCUUCAUAUUGACAAUCAAUGUCGACAUCUGCAGUCAUAAAUUUAUGGAGUGACGCCAAGGCUGUUUCUCCGUACACACAAAUGUACCAUGAUGUGUUUAUUUUUGUUUU